AUGACUGAUAAACAAGCAGAGACCACAACUCAGUCGAACCAGAACCAGUUGAUGCUCCAAGCAUUCGAGUGGAACACUCCGGCUGAUCACCAGCACUGGAAGCGUCUGACUGCGGCUCUUGACUGGUUCAAAGAGAUUGGUGUUACCGCUAUAUGGAUUCCUCCGGGUUGCAAGGGAAUGGCUCCUGCCCGUAAUGGCUACGACAUCUAUGAUCUUUACGACAUCGGCGAGUUUGACCAGAAAGGCUCAGUGCCCACGAAAUGGGGAUCAAAGGAGGAGCUGCAGGACUUGGCCAACAAGGCCGAGGAAAUGAAUAUAAAGAUCCUGUGGGAUGCAGUGCUCAACCACAAGGCCGGCGCAGACAGGACAGAGACAUGCCAGGCGGUUAGGGUGGAUUCAGAUGAUCGAAAUUGCACCCAUGGGAACAAGCCGAUAGAAAUCGAAUCUUGGCUUGGAUUCGAGUUUCCCGGGCGCGGCAAUGUCUACAGUUCGAUGAAAUAUCAUUGGUACCAUUUUAACGGUAUCGACCACAACCUUAAAACGGGAAUUAGAGGUAUCUAUAAAAUUAUUGGCGACGGCCGGAAAAACUGGGCCUCAGACGUGAGCAAAGAACGAGGGAACUUCGAUUAUCUCAUGUUUGCAAAUAUCGACUUUUCUAAUGAGGAUGUCAAAGAUGAUGUUAAGAAUUGGAUUCAGUGGCUCAGUGAGCAGGUUCCCAUCGGCGGGCUUAGGCUUGAUGCUGUGAAACACUACUCACGGUCUUUUCUUAUCGAGUUUAUCCUCCACAUAAAGAGUCGAGUUGGACUGGACUGGUUUUUCGUCGCCGAGUAUUGGAAAAAUGACAUAAAUGAGCUCUUGACCUAUUUGGAACAGACGAAGAAUUUGGUAUCCCUCUUCGAUGUGCCGUUGGCCCACAAUAUUUCUAGACUUUCCCGGGCGAGGAAACCCGACCUCAGGAAGGUAUUCCACGAAACCUUGCUGAAAAAGCGGCCCGAGUAUGCCGUAACGUUUGUGACGAACCAUGACACGCAACUAGGGCAGUCAUUGGAGCUUCCAGUGGAGCAAUGGUUUAAGACCCUUGCUUAUGCAUUGAUACUCCUCCGCAAAGAAGGGUAUCCGUGUCUUUUCUAUGGCGACCUUUAUGGUAUCAACGCUGGUUUUCUAAAUGCGGCUGAAGGCCCGUUGCCCAACUUGGGGUCUCUGGCACUUGGGCGCAGCCUUUACGCUUACGGAUCGCAACGUGACUACUUUUUUCAAAAGCACUGCAUUGGUUUCGUAAGAUACGGGGAUGCUGAUCACCCAUCCGGUCUUGCUUGCGUUAUGAGCAGCACGAGGCGCUCGUUUAAAUUCAUGUACGUCGGAAGAAAUCAUGCGGGGGAAAAGUGGACCGAGAUCUAUGGGCAAUAUGGUGGUUCCGUUAAGAUCAACCGCCUGGGUUACGGUAGCUUUGGAGUUAUGCCCAAGAGUGUGAGCAUUUGGGUUAGUUCAGAGGCCCAAGGCAGGGACAAAUUCCCUGUCAAAAAUGCGCAUCAAUUCAGGUAG